CAUUUUCUGCUCUUUGUGUGGGGUGGAUUUAGCACGGGGCGAAACUGGAGCAUCAGUCGGCACAGAAGACGAAAGGAAAAUAAUAACAAUAAAUAAAAAUAACAAAAAAAAAAAAACAACAAAAAACCUAAGGAUAACGUCGAAGCGCCGUCGCAGACGCACACCGUCCGCCCGUGUGUGAGCUCCGGACGGACAUGAGAUUUACAGACUGGGUUGUUGUGUGAGUGACUCCUUGUUACCAUGACGACCCACGUUACCCUGGAGGAUGCUCUCUCCAAUGUGGACCUGCUGGAGGAGCUGCCGCUCCCAGAUCAGCAGCCAUGUAUCGAACCUCCACCUUCUUCUAUCAUGUACCAGGCAAAUUUUGACACCAAUUUUGAAGACCGCAAUGCAUUUGUGACUGGCAUCGCCCGUUACAUAGAGCAGGCUACAGUCCACUCCAGCAUGAAUGAGAUGCUGGAGGAGGGACAUGAAUAUGCUGUAAUGCUUUACACCUGGAGAAGCUGUUCCAGAGCCAUUCCCCAGGUGAAGUGCAAUGAACAGCCCAACAGAGUAGAGAUCUAUGAGAAAACAGUGGAGGUGCUGGAACCUGAGGUGACCAAACUCAUGAAGUUCAUGUACUUUCAGCGGAAAGCCAUAGAACGUUUCUGUAGUGAAGUGAAGCGCCUCUGCCACGCUGAGAGAAGAAAAGACUUUGUGUCGGAGGCCUACCUGCUCACUCUGGGCAAAUUUAUCAACAUGUUUGCCGUGCUGGAUGAAUUAAAGAACAUGAAGUGUAGCGUCAAGAAUGAUCACUCUGCCUACAAAAGAGCUGCCCAGUUCUUGAGGAAGAUGGCUGACCCUCAAUCCAUUCAGGAGUCCCAGAAUCUCUCCAUGUUUCUAGCCAAUCACAACAGGAUCACUCAGUGCCUCCACCAGCAGUUGGAGGUGAUUCCGGGUUAUGAGGAACUUUUGGCUGACAUUGUUAACAUCUGUGUAGACUAUUAUGAGAACAAGAUGUACCUGACACCCAGUGAGAAACACAUGCUACUCAAGGUGAUGGGCUUUGGUCUGUACCUUAUGGAUGGAAAUGUGAGCAAUAUCUACAAACUAGAUGCCAAAAAGAGAAUCAACCUCAGCAAAAUUGAUAAGUUCUUCAAACUCCAAGUAGUGCCGUUAUUUGGAGAUAUGCAGAUAGAGCUGUCACGCUACAUUGAGACCAGCGCUCACUAUGAAGAAAACAAGUCCAAGUGGACAUGCACACAGAGCAGCAUCUCACCACAGUACAACCUGUGCGAGCAGAUGGUGCAGAUCAGGGAGGACCACAUCCGUUUCAUUUCAGAGCUGGCACGCUACAGCAACAGCGAAGUGGUGACGGGCUCUGGACUGGACAGCCAAAAGUCAGAUGAUGAGUACAGAGAGCUGUUUGACCUGUCACUGAGAGGUUUGCAGCUACUGUCAAAGUGGAGCACUCACGUCAUGGAAGUUUAUUCGUGGAAGCUUGUCCAUCCCACUGAUAAAUUCUGUAACAAAGACUGUCCAGGCACAGCAGAGGAGUAUGAACGUGCCACACGCUACAACUAUACCAGUGAAGAGAAGUUUGCCCUGGUGGAGGUCAUUGCCAUGAUCAAAGGGCUGCAGGUUCUAAUGGGUCGAAUGGAGUCUGUGUUUAACCAAGCCAUCAGGAACACCAUCUAUGCGGCACUGCAGGACUUUGCUCAGAUGACACUUCGAGAACCUCUACGCCAGGCUGUACGCAAGAAAAAGAAUGUCCUCAUUAGUGUUCUCCAGGCCAUUCGAAAAACUGUCUGUGAUUGGGAAGGGGCAAGAGAACCACCAAAUGACCCCUGUCUUAGGGGAGAGAAGGAUCCAAAAGGUGGUUUUGACAUCAAGGUGCCCCGUAGAGCUGUAGGUCCUUCCAGCACACAGCUGUACAUGGUGCGGACCAUGCUGGAAUCGCUGAUAGCUGAUAAGAGUGGCUCUAAGAAGACUCUCCGCAGCAGUCUGGAUGGGCCCAUAGUGGUGGCCAUAGAAGACUUCCACAAGCAAUCCUUCUUCUUCACACACCUGCUCAACUUCAGUGAGGCCUUGCAGCAGUGCUGUGAUUUGUCCCAACUCUGGUUCAGAGAGUUCUUCUUGGAGCUGACCAUGGGUCGCAGAAUCCAAUUCCCCAUUGAGAUGUCCAUGCCCUGGAUCCUGACUGACCACAUCCUGGAGACCAAGGAGCCCUCCAUGAUGGAAUAUGUGCUGUACCCUCUAGAUUUGUAUAAUGACAGUGGCUACUAUGCUCUGACGAAGUUCAAGAAACAGUUCCUUUACGAUGAAAUCGAGGCUGAGGUGAACCUCUGCUUUGAUCAGUUUGUCUACAAGUUAGCAGAUCAGAUAUUUGCCUACUACAAAGCGAUGGCUGGAAGUGUCCUCUUAGACAAACGUUUCAGAGCAGAGUGUAAAAAUUACGGUGUGAUCAUCCCUUACCCUCCAUCAAACCGCUAUGAGACGCUGCUCAAACAAAGACAUGUACAGUUGCUAGGGCGUUCUAUCGACUUGAACCGUCUGAUCACGCAGAGGAUCUCAGCAGCCAUGUACAAAUCACUGGAUCAUGCCAUCAGCCGCUUUGAGAGCGAGGACCUGACUUCCAUAGUGGAGUUGGAGUGGCUGUUGGAGAUCAACAGGCUAACCCACCGGCUUCUGUCCAAGCACAUGACCCUGGAUAGCUUUGAUGCCAUGUUUCGUGAAGCCAACCACAAUGUGUCCGCUCCCUAUGGCCGUAUCACACUCCACGUCUUCUGGGAGCUCAACUUCGAUUUCCUUCCCAACUACUGCUACAAUGGAUCCACAAAUCGCUUUGUACGUACAGCCAUUCCCUUCACCCAGGAGCCUCAACGAGACAAACCAGCCAAUGUGCAGCCUUACUACCUUUAUGGGUCCAAGCCUCUGAACAUUGCCUACUCCCACAUAUACAGCUCCUACAGGAACUUUGUUGGACCGCCUCACUUUAAGACCAUCUGCCGUCUCCUUGGUUACCAGGGCAUUGCUGUAGUGAUGGAGGAGUUACUAAAGAUUGUCAAGAGCCUUUUGCAGGGCACCAUUCUGCAGUAUGUAAAAACAUUGAUAGAAGUUAUGCCCAAGAUCUGCCGCCUACCACGCCAUGAGUAUGGCUCCCCAGGUAUCCUGGAGUUCUUCCACCAUCAGCUCAAAGAUAUCAUUGAGUAUGCUGAGCUGAAGACUGAUGUCUUUCAGAGUUUAAGGGAGGUGGGAAAUGCCAUCCUUUUCUGCCUGCUUAUCGAGCAAGCUCUGUCGCAAGAAGAAGUGUGUGAUCUGCUUCAUGCUGCUCCUUUCCAGAACAUUCUGCCCAGAGUGUAUAUAAAAGAGGGAGAACGUCUGGAGGUAAGGAUGAAAAGACUGGAAGCAAAGUACGCACCUCUCCACCUUGUGCCUCUGAUUGAGAGGUUGGGAACCCCACAGCAAAUUGCCAUUGCUCGUGAGGGGGACCUGCUGACCAAAGAGCGCCUGUGCUGUGGUCUCUCCAUGUUUGAGGUCAUCUUGACACGCAUCCGCAGUUUCCUGCAGGACGGGGUGUGGCGCGGCCCUCCGCCCACCAACGGCGUGAUGCAUGUGGACGAGUGUAUGGAGUUCCACCGCCUGUGGAGUGCCAUGCAGUUUGUGUACUGCAUCCCCGUAGGCACACAUGAGUUUACAGCAGAGCAGUGCUUUGGAGAUGGACUGAACUGGGCCGGCUGUGCCAUCAUUGUGCUGCUGGGACAGCAGCGUCGCUUUGACCUCUUUGACUUCUGCUACCAUCUGCUUAAAGUCCAAAGACAAGACGGCAAAGAUGAGAUCAUCAAGAAUGUGCCCCUAAAGAAGAUGGCAGACCGCAUUAGGAAGUACCAGAUCCUAAACAAUGAAAUCUUUGCCAUCCUCAACAAGUACAUGAAGGCUGUGGAGACGGACAGUUCGACUGUGGAGCAUGUUCGCUGUUUCCAGCCUCCUAUACACCAGUCUCUGGCUACCACCUGUUGAGAAGGACACAGUGCGCACACACACAACCGAACGCACACAUUCCUCAUAGCUGUGAAACUACUUCCUGCCUCUAGCCUCUGGUCUAUU